CGUCUCAGGAUGCGAGAGGAGAGCGGAGGAGAGGGGAAGAGAGAGGGGAAAGCGCCGAUGGAAAAGUGUCCAGGGCUCGGUUAACAGGAAAACAGGAUACCGGCCCGCUUCAAUUCAUCCUGGGACACUCGGCGAUGAGGGAUUCACCGAAAGGGGCACUUUGAGAUAUGAUGAGGUUUAUUUCUGGUCGGCAAUAGUACUAUGAUUUGGUAUGUGGCCACUUUGAUAGCAAGUGUAUUCAGCACCCGAGGAACGGCCGCUCAAGGUGCCCACGGAGUGCGAGAGGAGCCCCAGUUUGUGACGGCACGUGCAGGAGAGAGCGUCAUCCUGGGAUGCGACGUGUCCCACCCCCUGAACGGCCAGCCCUAUGUGGUGGAGUGGUUCAAGUAUGGAAUGCCCAUUCCCUUCUUUAUCAACUUUCGCUUCUACCCUCCUCAUGUGGACCCGGAAUAUGCUGGCCGGGCAAGUCUGCACGGCAAGUCCUCCCUACGGAUAGAAAAUGUGCGUUCAGACGACCAGGGCUGGUAUGAGUGUAAGGUGCUGAUGCUGGAGCAGCAGUAUGACACCUUCCACAAUGGCAGCUGGGUGCAUCUUACCGUCAACGCCCCCCCCACGUUCACGGAUACGCCACCUCAGUAUGUAGAGGCCAAGGAGGGGGGUAGCAUCACUUUGACCUGCACGGCCUUCGGAAACCCCAAACCCUCGGUUAGCUGGCUUCGGGAAGGCAGCCUCAUGGUCAGCAGUGCCAAGUAUAAGGUGUCUGAUGGGAGUUUGACGGUGCUAUCCAUCACCCGGGAGGACCGUGGGGCCUACACGUGUCGAGCCUUCAGCCCCCAGGGAGAGGUCAUUCACACUACACGGCUGCUAGUGCAAGGCCCUCCUUUUAUCGUAACACCACCAGUGAACAUUACAGUAAACAUCUCGCAAGACGCCUUCUUCACCUGCCAGGCUGAGGCCUACCCUCGCAACCUGACCUACACCUGGUUCUGGGAGGAGGACAACGUCUUCUUCAAGAAUGACCUAAAGCGCAGAGUCAGUAUUCUCAUCGACGGAUCUCUCAUCAUUGCCCAAGUCAAGCCAGAGGAUGCUGGGAAAUACACCUGUGCUCCUAGCAACAGCCUGGGCCGACCACCCACUGCCUCUGCCUACCUAACAGUGCAAUAUCCUGCCCGUGUGGUAAACAUGCCAUCUGUCAUCUACGUGGCCAUUGGUCUGCCCGGCUUCAUCCGCUGUCCUGUAGAUGCCAACCCCCCUGUAACUCUGGUUAAAUGGAAGAAAGAUGGCCUCCCUCUCCGGAUAGAUAGGUACCCUGGUUGGAGCCAAAUGGACGAUGGGAGCAUCCGUGUGGCAGAGGUGACAGAGGACUCUCUCGGCACCUAUACCUGCAUGCCUUACAAUGCCCUGGGUUCCAUGGGAUGGUCCCCUCCUGCUCCCCUGGUGCUAAAGGACCCUCCCAAAUUCUCAGUGGUUCCUGGAGGGGAGUACAGGCAGGAGGCUGGGAGAGAACUGGUCAUCCCCUGUGAGGCAGAGGGAGACCCCUUUCCCAACAUCACAUGGAGGAAGGUAGGGAAGCCAAGUAAAAGCAAGCACAAUGUUCUGCCCCGAGGCAGCUUACAGUUCAAGUCACUCACAAAGGAGGACCACGGGGAGUGGGAGUGUGUCGCCACCAACGUUGCCACGAGCAUCACUGCCAGCACGCACGUCCAAGUCAUAGGCACAAGCCCCCACGCCCCCACCAGCGUCCAUGUGGUGGCAUCCUCCACCUGGGCUAAUGUGUCCUGGGAGGCCGGCUAUGAUGGAGGCUUCCAGCAGACAUUCUCAGUCUGGUAUGGCCAUGUGCUGAAGAGGGAGCAUUUAGGUCCCCAUGAUUGGCUUUCCAUACCCGUGCCUGGAGGCCAUGACUGGAUGGUGGUGCCCGGCUUGGAGCCACAGACAACAUACCAGUUCAGCAUCCUGGCCCAAAACAAGCUUGGCACAGGUCCUUUCAGCGAGGUUGUCACUGUGAACACACUAGUAUUUCCUAUAAGUACCCCUGAACCAUUGGUGCUGCUUACCCCACCACGGUGCCUCACAGCCAAUCGCACGCAGCAGGGAGUCCUGCUCACCUGGAUCCCGCCUGCCAAUCAUACAGCACCUAUCCAGCAUUAUGUCAUGGAGUUUCGCCUGGGGGAACGAUGGGAGAGUUUGGACGACAGCAUUCCUGCUGGGGAGACGGAGUUGCUCGCCCGGGACCUCAUUCAGGAGGCGUGGUAUGAGUUCCGUGUCAUGGCCGUCAUGGAUGACAUGAUCAGCGAGCCUAGUAACGUAGUAGGAGUGUCCAGCACAGACUUCUUCCCCCCUCCAGAGUUGGUGGAGGAACGUGGACUGGCACGGCCUGUGGUGGCUGGCAUUGUGGCCACAAUCUGUUUCCUGGCAGCAGCCGUCCUGUUCAGUACGAUGGCUGCCUGCUUUGUCAACAAGCAGCGCAGGAGGAAGCUUAAGAGGAAAAGAGACCCACCUCUUUCCAUAACCCACUGCAGAAAAAGCAUGGAAACUCCGUCAUCUUCAGGAAAGGUGAGCCCAGAGAGUGUUCGUUCAAAGGCAUCCCCAUCAGAAUCAUCUGAAGAUAGUCAUGAUCAGCGGGGAAAGAAACCACCUCCAAGCCCAGGAAAGAGGGAGGAGUUGUCUUUAUACAAGAAGACCAAAAGAGCAAUAACAAGCAAGAAAUACAGCAUCUCCAAGCAUGAAGCUGAAGCAACAACACCCAUUGAACUCAUCAGCCGAGGCCCAGAUGGACGAUUUGUCAUAGACCCCAAUGAUGCAGAAAUGUCUGUCAAGCCCCGGCGAAUUGAGGGCUUUCCCUUUGUGGAAGAAUCAGACCUCUAUCCUGAAUUCCGGCAGUCAGAUGAAGAGAAUGAUGAUCCCAGGCCUUUGCCACCAGUAAUGGCCCCCCUUCGCACUCACCAGAUUUCCCCCAUCUCCAGUCAGGAAUCCUACCUGCAACCUCCAGCCUACAGCCCUCGUUUCCAGAGGCCCUUCGAAGGUAUGACCAUCAUGGAGAGCAGUCGGCUCCAGGCCACAGGGCAGAUCCGGGGUUCUCUCCACCACAGGGCUUUCUAUGGCUAUCUAGGGCCCCCUGGGGAUCAUGAUCCCCCACCUCCUUUUUACAUGCCUGAUACUAGCCCACUCAGCUCUGUCAUGUCCUCCCCUCCAUACCUUGCUGAAGGUCCUUUUGGUCACCCCAUGAUUCCUGAAGAAAUGGGGGAGGGUGAUUUCCCACAAUAUGCUGUCCCUGGCUUCCCACUUCCUUUGACACUCACCUCUUCCUCUCACUCUCCUGAGAUUUGGCAGGGACUGGAUUUCACCUUUGCAAGUCUGGAGGGGCCCCCCUUCAUUUUUCCGCCGCAUCAUCCUUUGCACCUUCGCCACGACUCCCCCUAUCCCCCUCCACCUCAUGUACUUCCCCUGAGUGCUUUCCAGCCCUCCUCCCUUCCAAUGCCUACCUACCCAGCUGUCCUGCCACUGGAGGCCCCAAAGAGCCACUCAAGCAAGUCUCCCAGCAAGGCCAAGCCUCGUGGCUCCCCAGCCAAGCAUUUAGCUAUGCAAGAGGCACAUUUUGGGCAGCUAAGACACACAAGCCACGGUAUGGGUGUGCCGGUUUUGCCUUACACCGAUCCAAUGGCCCAUAUUGUCCCUAGCACAUUCAGUAGCCUGGACACACGAUGGUUUGAAACCACCCCUCGUUUCAGUCCCAGACAGGCUCGUAGGAUGGAUUCUGGCAUGCAUCAGGUGGUUCUCCAGCCCUCCCGACUCUCACCCCUCACCCAAAGCCCCCUUAGUUCUCAUGAGGGCUCCCCAGAGAUUGUAGUACGUCCCCGGCCACGUCCCAGCAUUGUCCAACCUCACAUACCCCCAGAGAUGUCUGAGAUUACCCUCCUCCCUCCUUCCACAGCCAGCUUCUCAAGGAGAUCUUCCCCCUCUUCCUCACCUGCCCAAGGCCAGGGUAGCAGGAGAGCAAGUCCAAGCUACCGUUCCCACAUGGCCUUUGCCACCUCUGCAACCAGCUACCCAGCUUCCCAGUCCCCAUCACCCCCCAUGGAAAGCAGCAACAUAUUUGGGCAGAUGCCAUCUCAGAGGAGGACUGAGGAGGAGAUCCUUCCAUCUGAGCCCUCUCCACCCCAGUUGUCAGCUUCAGGAAAACGUCGAGGUGCGCCGAGUGCCCUUUCGGGGUCUGAGAGGAUUGAUGCACUGAGAUACCAACGUAUUAAAAAGGCCAAGAAGAUGAUGAUGAACAACAAUAACUCCAAGACCAGAAAGAAAGCAGGUGUCUCCACCUCUCAGACCCAGCAGGCCUACACCUCUCAGGUACUCCAGCCCGAAGAAGCUCUCUACCUCCGCAAGAAGAAGAAACGGCCCAUCCUCCAUGACCCAUAUACUCGCUUUUCUGCUCUGCUGUACCGCCGCCCACCCCGUGAGGAUCAGAAGGCUAUUUUGGCCAGCAUGGACAGCAUAGACCUAGACCAUGCAACCCUCCUCUAAAAGCCCUUGAGGACAAGGUCACAACCAUGCAAUACACCCUCAUUCCAAAAUAACACAAGCUACAUACCAGAUGGGGGAAAAAAACAAAGAUGUUUGCAAUUUAAUGUCUAUAAAGGGGAAUAGCACUAAAUUUCAGCAUUCAGAUUUGAUACAUUCUGUAGCUAUGUCCUUCAGUCAGUUCAAUCCGCAUUAGUAAGCAUUCUGCCAUGUUCAAUCUGUGGUGACCUCUAUGUACCUGGAAGAAUCAGAUCAAGAACCUACAUAAAGUACAGAUUAAUGAUUGUUUCUAAAUGCAGGUCCCAACUUAUAGUUAGUGAAGAAGCAACAUUGGUAUAUUGGAAUGACAUCACAGAUUGCAGUUCUAGUUCCAAGGCAAGUUUUGAUUAUUUUUUUACUAGUGAUUGGGAUGCCCAAAUGCACAUGGAUAAUCUGUGUAUGCUUAAAUCAAGUAGUAUUCCCUUUAAAAAUGUGUUUAGACCUUCAGUGGUUCAAAUGAAAACAAUAGCUGCCACAAUUUUCCAAAGUUUUACUCCAGUGCAAAAAGAUUAAUUCAAAAAGAGGCAAUACAUGAUUACCAGCUUCAAUUUAUCCCAAUUUAUCAAAAAAAAUUCAGUUUUCACACUCCAAUGUUACCAUUUUUAAUUUGAAAGGCUUUUACAGACUUAGAUCAUGUUUCUUGUGCUGAGCCAAUCCCCCCAUUAAAGCCCUGCGGGUCUCUGUUUACAGCACUUUCCACCAGAUCCUCUCCGCCAGCAACGUCUCUUAUCUGCUGAGAAACUCGCCUCACAAAUAUGGGUGUUCUCACUUCCUACCAAGUAUACCUCAGAGCACAGGACACGAGACCAUACAACUACCAGGAUCAGCCAGCAGAACAAACUAGCCUUUUCCACCUCUUUAGCCAUUAUUGUGUUCCACUUACUUUUCUUAUAAUGAUUUUUCUAGUUUUCCUUUCUUAUAUGAACUUCUUCUAGUCUGUUACGCAUCCAUACAUAAAGAUAAUUCAUUUAUUUAUCUUUCAGAAUGAUAAUUCUGUCACAUUCUACUCAUCCUCUCUGCUCUGUCGGGAAUGAUUGGGACUGACAGAAACAGAAAACACAGCCCUGAACCACUUUACUUGGCCUACUGAAAGAAUUCUAUAGAUGUUCACUAUAUCUGAUUUCUUAUUGAACAGCAGCAGCAGUGAAUCACGCAGGGGUUUAAUGUACAUUUGCAUUUCACACACUUAUGACAAACCAUGAAUAGGCACAAUGAAAAGUGGCAAUUCAAUUACUUUUGCUUAUUCUUCAUAAAGUCAUUUAAUUGCUCCAAUAAACUGCUCUGCCUUUGGCUUUUCAUAUCUCAUAACAGUUUGCACUGGAGCAAAAUCUUGUCCAUUUCCUUCAAUUUGUGUCUGUUUUUUUUUUACAUCUCCUCCAAAUCUUCUACUUUAGAUAGUGUAGAGGGUUUCAAAUCCUGUUCAGAAAGAACUAUAGUUAUGCCAAAAACAAAUUCAAUUUAAAAAAAAUAAAUAAAUAACAACUAUACAUAGCGGAGGAUAAGAUUUUGUGCCAUAGUAGGUUUUUUUUUUAUAUAUAUAUAUAUAUCUAUAUAUACCUAUUAGAGGGCAUAAAAACAAUGGUUUUGUUUGGCCUUAAUGAAGCUUCUGGUUGGUUGCUUGCUUGUGCUCACUUGUGUCUAAUUUUUAUUUCUUUUUUUUGUGUGUGUGUGUGCGUGCGUGUACAAGUACCCGCCUCUUUGUAUUUUGUCUCUUAAUGUGCUCAUCAUUUGAAUUGAAAAUGCAGAGGGUACAGUCAUCCCUUAUGAGGCAUUAAGGGUAACACAAAGUGAGCCAAACGUUUUUCUUGUAUACUUCACUGGUAAGCAGUUUUGUUUACAUGUUCCUCUGUUUUACUUUGAAAGAUUCCAGUGAUUGAGAUGAUGAAAUUUGUCUAACUGACAUGGAAAUGUGGACACAAAAGGGGCUAAAAUGAUUUUUACUGGAUAAGUAAAGGAAGUGCCAUAACAGUAGAAACUCAAUUAUAUCACACAUUACACAUGCUGCAGCUCAGUCAUAUUUUAGAUUCAACACAGGAUGGGUGUGUACUGUAACAGUUUUGUUGAUGUUUUUGUUUUCUUUCUUUCUUCAGUUUUGGUCAAAAGGUGCUCAAUUUCUUCAGAGGCUGUUUUCACUUAGAUGUUACUGUAACAUAUCUGGGGCUCCUGAUACAAAAUGAGAGCAGUGUCCUCGUUCUGAUGAAGUGUGUUCAGAGUGGCAUUGCUCAUGGGUAUGUUCAGUGGUUUUUAUGUAUGUAUUUAUUUGUGUAAUUAUUUAUUGUGAUUUUGAACAGAUUCUGAUACAACUCCAACUCCAACAGAGUCUUCUAAAAUCAGCCAUGUUUUAAGUGACUACAUUUGGUCAUUUGAUUAAGAUAUUUCCACAAUAAAUGCUUGCAAAAUGAGGCAUAUCAAGGGUUAAAAAAAAUCUGCUCAGACACUUCCUCUGCUCAUAUUUGAUUUUUACAGUGCUGGAGGAGUGAAGGGUGUGAACGGUUGUGAUAUGAUCUAUUUAUAAAACAGGGAAUACUAGGCAAUUAUCAUACAUGAAUAGAAAGGCAAAAUUAAAGAGAAAAAAAAAUGUCCUGACUUACAUCUAUAUUCAGCAUACUGGAAUAAAGUUAAUAAAUGCAUCAUACAGAUGUAUCGGGUUGUGUUAGAAGUUCAUUCAUUCAUUCAUUCAUUCAUUCAUUCAUCUUCUGUAACUGCUUAUCCCGUUGGGGGUCACGGGGGGCGGGGGGCUGGAGCCUAUCCCAGCUGACAUUGGGCAAAAGGGCAUGGUCUAUCACAGACAACCAUUCAUGCUCACAUUCACACCUACGGCCAAUUUAUAGUCACCAGCUAACCUAACCUGCAUGUCUUUCAUUGUGGGAGAAAGCCAGGUUACCCAGAGAAAACCCAUGCAGACAAAGGCCAAACAUGCAAACUCUGCACGUAAGGGCUCCUCCACCUCGGGUGUUCGAACCCCCCACCCCGGGUUUGAAGCAGGAGCGACAGCGCUAACCACUGCACCACCAUGCUGCCCUGUUAGAAGUUCAAAUUUUAGUAAAUAAGCUAAUGCCUUUAUGGUGGACAUAUUAUGUUCCCAAGGUUGGAGCUUCUGCUAGCUAAAAGGUAUCAUGUCAACAUAAUGCACUUAUUGUGGAAAUAACUUUGAAAUAUGAUUUAUUAAAGGUUAACAUCUGCAAUUAAAGCAAAACCACAAUCUCUGCUUCCAAAGCUUACAAAGUCAGCAUGAAUCAUUUCAGUGAGAAUGAAGUGGCAUGAAAAUGCACGCAGAACACCCAGACCAUUGAUCAUUGAUCGCUGGUCACUGACAACCAACUGCAACAUUAUAUUAAUGACGCUGCUGCCCAUCUCUGUGAAGAUGGUGGUGUUUGAAGGACUGUGCUGACAAUAAUUUGGCUAGCCUAGAGGAACUAGCACGUGACACCAACAAUGUUUUUACAUGUUUUGUGAGGCACUAACUGAUGUAAUGACUGAGACAUAUCAGGCCAUCCCACCAUAGGUGCUUGAGCAGUGGUGUCAAACAGGCUUUCACUGCAGCCUAAAGGUGCUAAGCAAACCAUGAAGUAAUGCUGUACAGCACUAACGAGUGGUCCUUCCAUAUAAAUAAUUACUGAUGCUGCUUCCAUUUUCACAACUGUGUAAUUGCUGUAAUGUUUUGGUUGUUCAAUAGAAGGAAAGUGAAAAGGCUGCACUGCUGCCUGAGUUUGAAAGAAUGGAUGGUUAGAAGGUUAGAAGGCGCUUGUUGGAGUGAUGGUUGGAUUCAAAAUCACACUGAAAGAGAAGCAAGGGCCUCUUUUUCCAUAAAGCCUCUAUUAUGGCAUACUGACAGUGAUAUUUAAAAAUUGCAGACACUCUGAUGCAUAAUGUUCUCCAAUUCAAAUAUAUAAUUGUACCUUGUUGCUUUUGAAUACCAUUGUUUUUAUGUCAUUUAUAGAAAGGUUCUUGUCAGAUAUGAGUCCUAUAGUUUCCUUUCAAAGGAACAUUUUUGGUUCAUUGAUUGUUUCACUUCACACCUUCUGAUGUUGCUGAGGAUCCUCUUAGAAGAGCUCUGGAGGGAAUUCACUGAAUGAAUGAAGGCACUCUGUUUGUUUUGUUCAAAGAUUUUGGCUUUGUACUUUCCAGGCCUGCAUGAUACGGGGACAGAGGCCACUGCAUGUUAACACUGUAUGAAAAGACAAGGUAAACACAUAAAGGGACAGUGAUAUUGCCAUCAAUGAAUAAUUAAUUCCCCCAGUUAGGAAUAUAAUUAAAUUUACAUUUGCAAAAUAUUGCAAGUAGGUCAAUUUUGGAAUCUGACAUUCCCAACUACUGACAGAGCAUUUCUAAUAAAGUCUUAUACCCUUUUUCCAUACUCAUGUGCUGGCCUGCUUUGGUUUGACUCGGCACGUCAGCCCAGCGCAGCAGGGAUCUCCAUUACAACAGGGCUACCAGCUUGAUGGUGUGUCCUUAACUAAUGAUGGCAUGUCUUGAGUGGUUUCAUUGGAAAGCAUCAGGCUGAUCCACAGCUAAAAAGUCUUGUUAUUUUGCUGCAAACGUUUUUCCAUCACACAGCAUGCCAAGUGAAAGAAGUUUAACUGUUGGAGGUGAGCUGUCUGCAGAGGGGCAGUAAGAGCCUGUUAUCUGCAGCUCUUCAUCAAACAUCCCCCCUGCAGUAUUAAUACACUUGUUUUUAUUGAAGAAAACCCAGGAACAAAGUUCUGCUAAUUCGGUGAUAAACAUAUUUCAUUUCCUAUAGAUUUUUAACAGCAAAAGUCCCCAGUUAUUUUGUUACAUAACAGCUUUUAUUGUGAAGCAGCAAAAUAAGGAAAUACUGGGUUUUCAUCAGCAGUGACUCAACGAGACGGCUAUACGGCUGAAAGCGAACAUUUAUUCAUAAUUUUUCAUUCAUUUCCUGUAACGGCUUAUCCUGGUACAGCGUCGCAGGUAUACUGGAGCCUAUCCCAGCUGUCAUGGGUCAAGAGGCGGGUUCACCCAGGACAGGUCACCAGACUGGAGACACAGGGCUGACACAUAGAAACAGACGACCAUUCGCACACACAUUCACACCUAUGGCCAGAGUAACCAAUUUUAGAGUAACCAAUUACCCUGACCUGCAGGAGGGAGGUAGCCGGAAAACCCGGAGAAAACCCACAGUCACACGCAGACAGCAAACAUACUCCAAACAGAAGGGCCCCAGCUGGCCAAUGGAUUGGAACCUGGAACCCAGGAAACAGUAAAAUAAAGCAGAUAUCCAAAGUAAAACAGGACGCGGGAGAGAAAUUAAACUUCAAACCACAGAGAUUCAGUUAGAAGCUACAAAAAGACACAGGGAAAAACAUAUUUCUUUCUGGUCUCCUGCACAGACAGACAGACAGACAGACAAACAGACAUGAGUUCAGUCUCGCAACACACAUGCUUGUUUCAGGGGGAGAAGGGGGGUCAUUGAGGGUUGGCUGCGGUCAGCGAAAUGUCACCACUACCUGCCUGGAGUUGGGCAGGCACGCUUUUUGCCUUACUCUGUAGAAGGUCCAUCUCUGGUCCAGCUCAGCGUGGCUCUGCAAGUCUUAACUAGUAAUGGAAAGACAAAUCAGGACGGCAUGGUUUGACUCAGCACGGCCAAAAGUGAUAAUGGAAAAAGGGUAUGACAAAGCAAUCACCAUAUUCUACCAUGAUAGAGGGUUUUGGGAUAGAAACAUUAGAUCGGUAAAGUAGGCGUUGAAAAGUCCUGCAACUUACUUUAAAGAAUUUGAAUCAAGAGUUUAAAACAAAACUAACUGUAUUAACAAAAAUGAUGUAAUGUACAUACUGUACUGUACAAACAUAUCGUCCCAAUAUACACACCUAUCAUAUUGUUUCUGUUGAGAAAUUAAUUUUAUAAUUAAUCGCAUAUAUUUUAUCUGCGAAAUCAUAACUGAUGUCUGCCAACUUAACACAGAACACAUUGUUCCACGUUGUAAUUACCCCACAUUUAAAAGAAACCAAAACACUGACACAUGUGGAAGAAGACCUAAAAUAUACAUAAGAUUCUUUAUUGAAAUUUGUAGAUAUAAUAAGUCUAUAUAUUGUAAAAUGUAAACAUAAGAAAUUGCAUAUUUUAUUAAAAUUGGUCAGUGAUAUGCAUGCAGUUACAGAAAUUAAUCCAAAAUAUAUACCCUUUUUUAAUUUCAAUAUGGAAAUUGUUGUUAUGUAGAGUGAGUUUGAGAGUGUCCCUCUGAGCACAGUGGACGUCCAAGUCAGUGGAAAUAAGCAGCACCUCCAAAUGCUGUAGGGAAACCACGUCCAAAAUGAUAAACUAACUGAACUGAAACACUGAAAUGUACAUUGUUGUGUACACAGUGAUGGUUCAGUUGUAUGAUUUUAUUUUUAUAUGUUUUAGUUGAAUGUAGAGAGAAUGAAUAACAUCAAAACUUGAUUACUCCAACUUAAAUUCAAAGUCCCAGGACGGCUCUUCAAACCGGUGGGGGUGGGAAAUUGUAGCUUUGUGUGACUGUGCAGUUAAUUUCAUCACCAAGGGCUUUAAUGAGACUUACGUGAAGCGAGGACAGUGUGAGCUUGAUGGGUGAGACAUCUUAAAAUGGCUGAGGGUGAGGUCAGAUCUGCCUCAACAAAGAAGUACUGUAUACCUCUCAAUGUGCCACUAAGAAAUGUGUCCAUGUACAUAGUGUAUAGAGAAAGAUAUUGUUUGCAUGGUAUAAACAUUUGAAUGCCACUGACAAAAACGGGGAAUGGCUACCAGAGCAGACAUCCUGUAGUUGUUUCAUGUGAGAAAAGCUAAACAAGAGUGAUCUGUUUAGUCCUGAAUAUUGGUGCCCUGGCAAAAACGAAUACAGUGAAACCACCUACUGUACCGGCAGACACAAUCCCAAUGUUUCAAACGUUCAGGUUUGACCCUUAAGGCAGUUUUGCCACACUAGCGUUGACAUGCAAUAAAAGCACAUGCCAUGCGGUUAGAUAAAUUAAGGGGAUCUGAAGCUAUUACAACACCCAGAAUAGUUUCUAGAUGAUUUGGUAAUAAGGGCAGAUAGAAUUGCUCUUUACUACUUCUGUGAUGUCUAACAACUGAUCAUUUUUUAUAGUACACAUUAGGUGAAUGUGUAUGUGUAUGUAUGAACAAAUUGUAGUCUGGAGUGAAAAGAAACAAGUCUGUUUUGAUGCUCUAGCUGUCAAAUUGCGGUCUGACUUGUGUUAAGUACAGUACCCAGAUGUAAAUUUCUUUGUGAAAAACACUCACUCAGAAUUAUCACUCUGAUUCACAUAUAUAACAUUUUGAGAUGACAGGAUGAUUUGCAGUUGAUGGUACUGCACAAGACUCUGAAAUAGCUUACAAUUAGUAAUGUUUGUGGUGUCUAAAGAGAAAAAAACAUCACGCAUUUUUUAAUCACACAUAAAAAAUAAAAAGAGAAAUUAUUAAGAAAAUCUCAGUACUGUAUCACUCUUGACUCCUGAGCUGAGGAGAACUAGACAUUCUGCUCUGACUUUACAUAUUGUAAGACAUUAAGAGAGACUUAUCAUCAUAUUGUUGGGUAUAUUCACAUUUUUGACGUGUUGAGCAGGCUUUUAUUCCAUACACUAAGAGUGAAGAAUCUCUGGUGCUAACACAUGCCGCACAGUGAAAAGUUUUUGUUGCCACCACAUUAUAUCCAUACUUAGUUGCUCUUGAAAUGCACUUCUCUGCCCUCUGACCUCACUGCAUCCAAUACUAAAAACUGCCAUAUUAUUUUCCUAAUUUCUUUUAAAAAAAAAUUUACAAAAAAUUGAGCACAUUUUUAGGCAAAUUUGAGCCCAAAUGAGCAGUUGCAGCCUGUUUUCACUCCCAACUCCUCAAACAUUGCCACUUUGUCAAUGAUUUUGGUGUCGGAUACAGAUGUACAGACACAGCUUUUGUGGUGGUAUGAUGCACACCAGGUGGUGGCUGUUUAUGUGACCGCCGGAAACUACUACAUUAUAAAGAGCAAGAAAGUCCCUAUUGGGAUUGGUGACACAAGCACCUAGGAGCUCACUGUUUGUUUCCUGAGUGAAACCAAAAGUCGAUGGAGUUAUUUUAAUAACACUGUAGUGUGCCAGUAUGUGUAGCAUGCAAUGCUAGUAACAUAUGUCACAUGACUUGUCAUGUUGCGUGACAUUAUGUUAGUAUAACCAUACUUAUUUUAAAUCCAACCAUGAUGUUUUUUCCUAAACCUAACCAUGUGCUUUUGUUGUUUUACCUAUGUAGAAAGAUUAUUUUGAAAAGACUGUAUGCAUGUAUUGCACAGAAACUGUACAUUUCCUGAAAACAGUGAUGUAUUCUGAAAAGAAAAAAAUGCAUGUAACAAUUGUCAAUUGAGCUGCCGUCAGUGAAUGACAAAAGGGAAAAAAAAAGGACGGUGGAAGGCUCCCUAGCAUGUCAUAUUCUGACGUUUUGGGUCCACUGACAAAGCAGCUUUGUUUGACGAGUUGGGAUGAGAACAGGUUGGAAUUUUACAUGUGUUGUGAUGAAGGGUUUAUUCAUAUCACUGAGAUCGGAGAGAUUUCUGUAAAUAAAUAGACAUUGCCAUUUUGUCUCAUGGUCAGAACUGGCACACUACUCGCAAUAUAAUCACAGUGCAAUUUGCCACAGUGAUAUAGUGCAAUGUAAUACACCACAAAAUAUUACUCUGAUGAUUCAAAUGACAUAAAAGCUCACAGGCCAGUAAAAUCUUACAAUGAAAUAAAUGAUAUGAUCAGACUUUCAGAGACUCUUCUAUCAUCUCUCACUGACAGGAAGGAUGCACUGAGGCAGAGACCUUAAUCUAAAUUUGACAUAUUGAAAUCCAGUCUUUGUGAAAUGCAGAACCUUGCAGAUACUUGCCAUCAGUGUGUCGAUACAGCAACAUGAAGGAGUAUUGAGAUAUAAUGUAUCAACUUUUGUCCAAACUUGAGUGUACAAAAAGGCAUUACACAUUUAAGAUUGAAAAAAAAAAAAGUUUUGCUACACCGUGUAAAUAAUAUCUCAAAUAAGCUUACCUUGUCAUAUAUAUUUUUUGUAGAAGAAAAUAUGAUGCACAUCAACUAUAUUGAAGACUGAGUGGGAACUGAGUAGUGUAGGGUCUGCUUCAGUGACACAUUAUAACAUGAUGUAACAGACCAAUGUCUAUAUGUGAGUGAUGGAAAUCUUCUAAAUGCUAGAAAUUAGUUUAAGAAUUUAAUAUUAUAGAGCCAGGAAAUAUAUAUAGAAAAGAAAAUAUAUAAAAAAAUAGAUAUAAAUAUAUUGUCAUGGAACCAAAAUGGUUAUUUGAGUAUCUAUAUUUGGGGACAGUACUUGUUUUCAAGAAUGUAUAAGUCUAUAUUCUAUUAUUUUUAUAUCCAUUUGUUGCUCUUUACUUUAGCAAUGCAGAGAGUAGAGAAAUAUGUCUGAGGUUUUCUGUUGUGUACAAAACAAAAGAGAAUGGUGCACCAAAAUGGCUGUCACUGUACUGUAUAUCUCACUGUCUAUUACACAGAGAUGUAUGGAAGUAUGUUGAUGCCAUGCCAGGAAAGCAAACAAACAACAACAAAAAACUUACUUAUGUACUUUUCUUGUUAAAAAAAAAAAGGUAACUACUUAUUUAUCUUGUUAUCACAUGAAACAUUUCUUGUUAUAGCAAGACAUUUUUUUUCAUGUUUAUAUAAGAUUUUUUCAUGUUAUGACAAGAAACUUUUCAUAAAACAAAAUGAUAACAAGAAAUGAUAAAAGUACAUAAAAUCAUCUUGUUAUAACAAGAUAAAUAUAUUAUUUUAACAAGAAAAGUUUUCUGUUAAGAGAAAAGUUUCUUGUUGUGACAUAAAAAUAUCUUGUAAAAACAAGAAAAUAUCUUGUUAUAACAAAAACAAAUCUUGUCAAAAUGUAAAAAAAUCUUGUUAUAACAAUAAACUUUUCAUGUUAUUACCUGAUACUUUUUUUUCAUGGCAUCAGUAAGCUUCCGUACAGACUCUCAGAGAAGGACACAGCAAACUAGAUAUUAUAGCAACGUCCAUUUGGUGUGAAUAGCAAAUGUAAUUGUUGAAUUAUUUGUGCGCCAUCAUUUUACCACAUUUGUCCUUUUGGGGGACAGGGAUUUAGCUCCUUGCUACAUUAUUAUUAUUUGUUUUUGUCAAUCACCAGACUGGCUUCUGCAGUCACACAUUCAUUUUUUUAAAAACAUGUUUUGGCAUGAAAGAAUGGCGAGAAUCUUUUUUCCCUAAUAUGGUGCUCCUUUGCAAUCUGUAUCACAGCAGAGCACAUAAAUAUAAAUGUAUAAUCAUCAAAUUCACAAACUGUGCAGAUAGAACUGUUUCACAGCGUAUAUUUACAGUAUGUAUGUAACAGACACAGUGCUUCAUGAUGCUGCUUUGAACUGACAUAAGGGGAUCCAAAUGUUUGUUUUUGGUUUGUUUUUGGUUUUAAACAGAAGCAUGUGCAAAUUAAUGCGAACAUUCUGUUGCCUUUCGCUCAAAGGUGGAGGUUGAGCAUCGCAGCAGCUGCUAAAAGUUACUCCAGAAAUUGAUGACAUUCAGUGCUGUACAUUGCCAAAAAAAUACAAAACAUGUCAUAUACAUUCUGACAACUGGUGCUAUUUAAAAACAUCUGUGGUGCUUUUUUUAAGUUAGAUAUUUCCUUGCUUCAGACAAAAUGUAGCUACACAAUCCUGUACUGUACUGUACCGUAGGUUGCUGUUUGGCCAGUACGUCAUCAUUUGACCUGGGUCAGCUGUGUGUAUAGAUGGUUUACUUUGACUGCUGUUGUUUCAGGGAAUACACAGAUCAGAUAGUACUAACAUUUUGAGUGGCAAAUUUUAAAGCAAGGAAAUUAAAAAAAGACAUUCAUUUGAAUACACGUCAUGAUGAUUUUGUUGGGAUUGAGUUUACAGUUUGUUUUUUUUAGUUAAUUUUGGUCUGAACUUCACAGUGCUUCAAAGUCUAAUGUAUUGGUGGUUGCAAAUAGUAUCCACACAUUGUGUUUGGUGCUGAGUGAACAGAUAUGCUCACCAUGACUUUUGAUACGGUAUUCAUCUUAGACAUUUAGAUCCCUCUCGAGUCUUUCUAUCAAGUCAAGUAAACAUGCUAACCCCCCUGCAGGUGCCCUUUGAUUAAACAGUAAAAGCAACAUCAACCUGGUGACAGGUGGGAGUGACAUUAAGACUUCCACUCACUCUCAGAUCAAUAGGACCGAGCUAUGCUAAAACCCACCACUAGAUUGAGGGUGUUGCUUUUCAGGGGCCUGUGGUGUUACUAUGUUUUAAGACCAGAGGAAGCACCGUACGGAAGCAUAUUGAUGCCACGCCAGAGACAGAAAAAAAAAAAAAAAAAAAAAGAUCAGUAUGAGACAAUAACAUGAAAACUUUACUGUUAUUACAAAAUAACAAUGUUAUAACCUGAUAAAGAUUUUUUUUUCUUUCCUGGCCUGACAGUUUUACACUUCCGUAGUACUGAAAUAUUGUCUUAUAAAAAUGCUUAUUAAAACUAGUAAAAAAAUAAAUAAAAAAAAAAGGUUUGCUGCAUAACUCAACUUUUUGGAGCCUCUAAACAUGAAAACAUCAUGGUUAUGUACAAGUUACACUGAUUAGCUCUUUAGUUUUGUUUUUUUGUUUUUUUUUCUCAUCACAAAAUGCAAUACAAGUGGAAGAAGAACAAACCGAAAUUUUCUCCUCCUUAUUGUUCAGUCUUCCUGAGAUGUGUAAAACUGGUUUAAGUUACAGACUUCGUUUUUAUUGUAAGUUUUGUUAUCAUGACCUGGAAAACAACAACAACAACAACAACAACAACAACAACAACAAUGUGAGUGUGUUCACAGUUAGUUACAGGCGUAGACAACUCAGUACCUCAAAAUGUCUCUUCACAGAAAUCUUAAGUACAGAUAUUCAGUUUUUUAUGUUCACCAUCUCUGACAAGUCAGUGCUCAUGAUGCUUUUUUAUAUUUGUUGGCACAAACACUAACAAGAAUGUAUGGCUAUUGUAAUUCCUGCUCACUCCCACUCUUCCUAAAAUUGAAGCUUUUAAAGCAAACUGUCAGUUUUUUGUAUUUCAAAUGUCUUGGUAUGCUUGUUGUAGUUGUAUAUUCAUAAUGGUGUAUAUUACAUCAGUUUU